GUGGCAGAGAAGACGGACCUGGCGCGGAUCAUCACGAAGGCCAAGGUCUUCAAGCUCGUGACGGACAAGAACGCCUGCGUGGGCUGCGUCUACGAGAAGGGCGGCCAGAACUUCCAGGAGUUCGGCCCCGUGAUCCUGGCGUCAGGUGGCUUCGGCGCCGACUUCACCCAGAACUCCCUGCUGGCCAAGUACCGCCCCGACCUGCUGCACCUGCCCACCACCAACGGCGAGCACUGCACGGGCGAUGGCAUCAAGAUGGGCGAGGAGAUCGGCGCGAAGACCAUCGACCUGGAGUGGGUGCAGGUCCACCCGACCGGCCUCGUCAAGCCGGACGACGCCGAUGCCAAGAUCAAGUUCCUUGCCGCCGAGGCCCUCCGCGGCGUGGGCGGCAUCAUCCUGAAUGCCGAGGGCCAGCGCUUCUGCAACGAGCUGGGCCGCCGCGACUACGUCACGGGCGAGAUGUGGAAGAGCAAGCCACCAUUCAGGCUCUGCCUCAACAAGGCAGCCUCCGAUGAGAUCAUCUGGCACUGCAAGCCGCGUGCCGAGCAAACCGUGUCUGCAUCGCCGGACCGAUCCGUGUCCUGGAGCCAUCGAGAUUUGCCGGUGCAGCAUCCGAGGCACUACACGGGGCGUGGCGUGGGGAGCACAGUCGGCUAG